UAUUUUUCAAUAAGUUCUAUUCAGAAACGAAACCGAAGGAGCCUGGAAGUAACAACCACCAUGAAAGCGUCCUAUUUUGUAAUAGUUUUAUUGCUUUUUUCCGACGUAACAUUAACGUCAGGUUUUAUUGAUGUCGUUGUAGGUGUUACCGCGUAUAUCUACACAUUGUUUAAAGGGGAUAAUUUAUUGCCUUUUGAUCCUGCACGUUUCGAGAAAGAUUUAAAUGAGAAUCUCUACGGGCAGCACAUCGUGUCGAAAGUUGUACUGAAAGCUGUAUCAUCAUUUAUGACCGACAGUAACCCGAACAAACCGCUCGUGCUCUCGUUCCACGGGACAACAGGAGUGGGAAAGAACCACGUGGCUAAAAUCAUCGCAAGAAACAUUUACGAGAAAGGAGACCAGAGCAGCCAUUACAUCACUUUUAUAUCAGAGCACCAUUUCCCACACAAAGACAUGGUUGACAUGUACAGUGCACAACUAAAGCAAUGGAUUAGUGGAAAUGUAUCGAGUUUUCCUCAGUCCAUGUUUGUAUUUGAUGAAAUGGACAAGAUGAAUCCACGUCUGGUUGAAACCAUAAAGGCUUUUCUAGACUACACGGCCCGUGUAGAUGGCGUGUCCUUCCGCAAAGCAAUCUUCAUUUUUCUCAGCAACGCAGGUGGAAAUGUGAUCGCCAACUUGGCUCUGGAUUUCUGGAGAGAGGGUAAAGAAAGAGAAGAAAUACAGAUGAACAGCAAGGGAAUGGAGACACAAAUCUUUCAAAACAUCUUCAAUGAUAAGAGUAGUGGAUUUUGGCACUCAAGCAUCAUAGAUCAUCAUCUGGUGGAUCACUUUAUACCUUUCCUGCCUCUGGAACUGAAGCAUGUACGUCAGUGUGUCCUGGCUGAAAUGGCCAGUCUGAGCAUCACCGUUGAUCAUGAUCUGGCAGAGUCAGUGGUCAGAGAGAUGCCCUUCUUCCCCCCAGAGGUGACGAUCUUCUCUGUUAAAGGCUGCAAGUCAGUCAGACAGAAGUUGUUGCUGUACAUUGGUUAAUAAAUGAAAAAGACCAUAAUUGACAUUCAUGUGCCAGCCAGUAGAAGACACCCUGAUCAAUGAUUUGAUUCCUCAGAGUUACUGUGAUUGUGUGAUAAAUGAUAAUGCUGUGGUAAUCUCUGGACUGUUACAGAUCAUUGGGUGACAGUGGAGUUUGACUUGAACUGCUUUUUUACUUGUGCAUUUUUAAAUUCUUUGUCUUUUUGUACCUCUUGAGUUAAAGCUUGACCCCAUGUAAGAAGAAAAAAUAUAUAUUUUGUGUCUAGCCUAUUCAGCUUUGGGUUUUAUUUCUCACUUCAAUAAAAAUAUGUUAUUUUAAAAGCA